GGCGGAGCGGUGCGGAGAGGAGAGAGCGCAGAUUGCGGGUGUCCUGGCUUUAAAAGCGGGCGUCACCUCGCGACUCAGAAUCAGCAUCUUAAGGGAGAGAACAGCUGACACACACACACACACACAGACACAGACGCUGCUGGCAACUUAUCGUAUGCAAUGAUGUCGCUGCAAAAACCUCUCUUGAGACGUAGCACGUCAAACGUAGAAUCGACCAAUCACAGUGGUGCUUUGUUGACUCCGCCCACCUACUUUAAUUUACACUCCUCCCACAACCAGCACCUCAACUGUGACACCAUAAAGCAGGGUGUGGUUGCGGUGUCCAAGGAAACACAAGGCUCUACGGCGCCCUCAAAGAUUCGCCAAAAAUAUGCGCUGACGAAUAUACAAAAUGCAAUGGGUCUUACCCAAAACUCCGCCCCUCCAAACCAAAGCCAAGCCCCUUUGAACAGAAACCACGCCCCCACAAAGUCCGCCUCCUCUUCAUCUCUUUUCUGCUCCUCCCUUUCGUAUUCCACGUCCAAUCCUAAACUGGCCAAAAACGGCACCAACCUGCAACUGAAAGUGGAGCAACUGGACCUCAACAAGAACUCCAAGAACCACAAUGAUAUCUCAGGAAAAGACAUUCCAGUCCGAAGGAGAACCAAGAGUUUUCUAGAAUACCAUCGAGAGGAGGAGGAGGAGGAGAAGGUGUCCAACAGCCCUGAUAAAGACCUCCUCAUGCAGGGUGAUGAGAAACACCUCCUGAAGCUUGAGGCGCAGUCCUGGGGUGAAGAGAACCGCGUGGAGGCGCACCUCACCCUCCCCCAGAAUCACCUGCUUCUCCUGCCCAGCGAGGAGGAGGAGCAAAGCCCCGAACUGGACAUUGACGAGCACAUGCUCCGCCCGAACAACGAGCGGAUGAGCCGGGUCAGAAACAAGUCACUGGAAAGCAGCGGUUCUCCAGGCCGACUUCAGAUGAGCCCAGCGUCCACGCUCCGUCUGCCUCUGAGAGGGGGAGAAACCGACGAUUCGCCUGGACGUCUGACACGACCUGAGAAACAGGUGGAGGAAGAGGAGGAGGAUUCCAGCUGGAUGACACUGUCGCAGGACAGUCCGUCCGUCGAUACACCUCACGAAACAGGUGUGUGGGAUGAGCAUUCUCAGGUGCACGACGUGUCACAGGAGUAUUUUUGCCAUGUUUCGAUGGACACCAGUAUACGAGAUCGACCCGUAACCCGUGACGACCGUGACGCCCGCGCUGACCCGGAGACCUCGCCCGUUCAACUGAAGGGGGUCUGUCUGUCUGUGCCCCCUUCUAAAGCACAGAGUGAGAGGCCCAGCAGUAUAGUGUCAGACAGUUCUAUAGAGCUUGUACCUUCAUCAGCAGCAUCCUCACCCUCCUCUUCCUCACUGUGUUAUAAGGCGAUGGGACGCGCGGCCAGUUUCCUCAACAACAACUAUCUGCCCAGAGAGAGAGACAAACGAAGGGAGAGAGAAAGAGAGGAGGAGAGAGAGAGUUUGGGUGCUCAAGGAGGUCCGUACAGCUUCAUUAACCACAGAGCUGAAGUCUCUUCGGCCCCUGCUGAUACAGUCAUACCCAUCAGUGAGCUGGAAACACAGGUGUUUGCGGUUCAUUAUCUGGGCUGGUUAGAGGUGCGAGAUGCAGAUGUGACGUGCGGGAAAAGCGGCGCGGUGGUUAGUGAAUGCAUCCAACAGCUGCAGCGAUGGCGAGAGAGAGACAGCGUGGGGGGACAAGCGAUGCUAUUGGUUCUGCACGACGUCACUCUCACCCUGAUUGACCCGACUGACCACACCCUUCUGCACACUGAGCCAAUCAGCUGCAUCCGUGUGUGGGGAGUGGGGCGGGGCUUUAGCAGGGAUUUUGCGUAUGUGUCCCGUGACAAGAACACGCGUGUGUUAAAAUGUCACGUGUUUCAAUGUGACAGUCCUGCAGAAUCCAUCGCCAGCAGCCUGAAGCUCAUCUGCUCCAAGAGUAUGGCCGAGCUAACGAGUGCUGGUUCUUCAUCUCAGUUCAGUUCAGAUGUUCCUCUCAGAGUAGAGUUUCCAACACCAAAGACUGACAUCCAACACAGUUUCCAUGUGCUUUACCUUGGAAUGACCUCAGUACUGAGACCGAUGGGAAUGGACAUGAUAAACGGAGCGAUAGAUAGUCUAAUGUCCACUGCUGGGAAAGAGGACUGGACACCCGUCCUGCUCAAUGUUGCUGAUGCCACGAUCACUGUCAUUAAAGAAAAGCAGGAAGAGGAGGAGGAACUCAUAGUGCAGUGUCGCGUGCGGUUCCUGUCGUUUAUGGGUGUCGGUCGUGACGUCCACACGUUUGCGUUCAUCAUGGACACGGGAAACCAGCACUUCCAGUGUCACGUGUUCUGGUGUGAACCCAAUGCAGGGAGCAUGUCAGAAGCCGUGCAGUCAGCAUGUGUGUUGCACUAUCAGAAGUGUUUGGGGAACAGCAGCUCCUCGUCUCCGCCCCCUUCUGACUCCGUCUCACGCCGCGUGACGUCCAGCGUGAAGCGCGGCGUCCAAUCAAUUAUAGACACUCUGAAAAAGAAGCCCGCCCCUGAAGUUUCCCACCAAUGACAGAACAGAACAGCAGUGAUGGACAGCAGGAGGAACGCACAAUCCAACGUAAAGACGACAUCAAUGAUGAACGAGGAGCACUUAGCACAACACGCUCGAAACAUAUUCUUCACAAGUAUUCAACGCUUGCAAGCGCACUGUCCCAUAACCAACUUCAGUACUCCAGCGUUUGACCUAUUAAAAGCAUUAUUUGUUGUUAUUAGGGCUGUCGAUAUUAACGGAGAAUUCAGAGUGAUUAACUGCACGCAAUUAAUCAUGUUCCCGGGACAUUCCUGCCGCCGGAGGGAUUGCAGCUUGAGUAGCACGUGUUUUCAGCGGGGGCAGUAAAGACAACAAACACACUCAGACCUGAUUGACACCAGCUGACCGCACAAGAUGAGAACACGUGCCUGACGCACAAUCCUCAAUGCACGGACCUCCAGACGUUUAACUAACAACACUGUGUUUAUGAAAGCGAGACGUCCGGCUGACGCAUGUGUGCAUUGACGCACCGUUAGAAAAGGCCGUAUUAUAAAUGUACCCUGUAAGUGUUAAAUGAUUGCUGUGGACUGUUUGGGAUCAAUAAUAUGGAAAUAAACAAUGCAUUGCCUUCUAAAGACACUUUAUGUAUCGUCUGAUCAAUGCUUUACUCGUCUGUCACAAUCAUGUGAUGCAUUUUAAUUGUCUGAAUUAUUAGAUUUUGUAUUAUUAUUUAAUCAUUAUAUAUUAAAUGAAUGUUAUUUGAAGGCAAAUAUUUAUAAAUGUGAAUAAUUGCAAUUAACUUUACAAUCCUUAUUUCUAUAUAAAACAAUAGUGAAUUUAAAAUGUACUGUUGAAAUAUGUGUUUUCUAAUUUAAGCUGCCCCU